AUGGCUUCUGCAACCAUUUCUCGGGAACGAUCGCUACGUUCAGUAUUUGUCGGUAAUAUUCCUUAUGAAGCCACUGAAGAACAAUUAAAGGACAUCUUUGGAAGUGCUGGUCCAGUUGUCAGUUUCAGGCUUGUAUAUGAUCGUGAAAGUGGUAAACCUAAAGGUUAUGGAUUCUGCGAAUUUCAAGACAAAGAAACUGCAUUAAGUGCUAUGAGAAAUUUGAGUGGUUAUGAAUUAAAUGGGAGAUCAUUAAGAGUUGACAGUGCGGCUAGUGAAAAAGAUAAAGAUCUUCCUUUACAAAUGCCGGCUGGUGGUGGUGGACUAGCAGAGCCGUCUAUGUAUGGCGAUGCAGUACCUAUGGAAGAGGUUCCAGAAGUAAUAAAAAAAUCUGUGCAGAGUCUCCCACCUGAACAAAUGUUUGAACUGAUGGUUCAAAUGAAGGAAAGUAUACACAAGUACCCUGAUGAGACAAGACGAAUGUUGCUGCAAAAUCCCCAAUUGGCGUAUGCACUACUGCAGGCUUUAGUUGUCAUGAAAGUUGUCGAUCCAGCUGAAGCAACAAAACUUUUACAUCCUCCAAAUACCUUGGUGAAACCGUUAGGUGGUCCUCUACCCGGAAUGCCAAUGGAGCCUCAGCAGGUAGGUAGACCACCUGUCGAUCCUGGAUUUGGCCACGUUGUACCUGAACCUCAACAACGUCCUAAUCAAGGAGCAGGUAAUCCACAGCCCCCUCCAGCCAAGAAACCCUCAGCAAAUCGUGCUCCACCUAAUCCAUCUACGACGACGCCUCCACCACCAGCAUCUCAAAUUCGUGCUCAAGAUCAAGAAAAGGCCGCUCUUAUUAUGCAAGUGUUGAGCUUAACCGACCAACAGAUAGCUUUAUUACCUCCGGAGCAAAGACAAAGUAUAUUGAUAUUAAGAGAACAAAUUGCUAGAAGUAAAGGGCCAUAA